AUGAUUCUGUGUUCGCGCAUGAAUGUUCCCAAGAAUGGAUUCCAUUGUCGUCGCCGCCAUGGUUCAUCCACCCUUGUCAUGUACAUUUCUAUCUAUGUGUUGUACUUUGGACUAGCAUCAAUCGUUGGCUUACCUGCCAAUGAAACAACGUGCAGUCUGAAAAAUAAUGGCACUAUGCUGGACUGUUCCAAUUUAGGAAUAGGUUCCUUGCCGGGGAAUUUAUCUUCGGAUAUAACAACGUUGAUUUUACGUGGAAAUAAUUUAACAGUUCUUGAGGACAGUGCUUUUAAGGGACUGGUAAAUUUAGAACAUUUAGAUCUGUCUCAUAAUUACAUCUCUGAUAUCGCAUUAGGUGCAUUUGAAGGACUUGAUCGACUGAAUGUUUUAAAACUGUCCCACAAUGAUAUCUAUAUUAUUCCCAUUACGGCUUUGAUAAAGACACCAAUGCUACAAGAGCUCUACACCGACAACAACUUACUACGUGAUGUACCAAAGGCACUAACCAAACUGCAUAACCUACUGUAUCUAGACCUAAGUUACAACAAGAUACCACAAGUGAAUUUCGACCAGACUUUCCAGUCUCUUAAAACUCUUGAUGUGCUAAACUUAGCAGGUAAUACAAUCUCCACAAUUCACAAUGAUGAUUUCAUUGGUUUUAAUGGCACAAAACUUCUGAGACUCGACCUAUCCCAUAAUAAUCUCCAGACAGUAAAUCAAGAAGCGUUCCAUCCUUUCAUGAAUAUUCAUACUCUAGAUCUAAGUGGGACACUACUCACACCAUCAUACGUAGGUGAAGUGCUGUACGGACUGCAGAAUGUCCAACUACAGGAGCUCAUUCUGCGAGAAAUCGGCUGGCAGCAGUUGACACAGAACACGUUUCAAGCAAUGACCAACUCCACCCUCUGUGUGCUGGAUCUCUCUCAAAACUACCUUAGUAUAAUCACAGCGCAUCUCCUCCCGUUACCAAACUUACGACAACUAAACCUGGCAUACAACAGUAUUGGAGUAAUUCACAGCGGUGCAUUUGACAAUUUGAUGAGCCUAACAAUUUUGAACUUGACAGCAAACUACCUGACAACCUACCCAAACUUCAAACCUUUACAAAAUACAGUACAAACUAUAGAUUUAUCUGAUAACAAACUAACUGGUGAAAUACCAAUUGAUGCAUUCAAGGGACUUGAGAGACUCUCAAGUCUUGAUAUGAGUGUGAAUAACAUCAAUGGCAUGCUCAAAUCGGGAAUUUUCAACAGUCAGUCAAAGAGCUUACACAAACUAGAUCUUUCAUAUAACAAGAUAGAACAAUUUGCAGAAAAUGUAUUCUACAACACAACAGUCUUACGAAUGAUAGAUUUAUCACACAAUAAUCUGUCAAAGAUUGAUGGUACUAUUCCAUACAGACACCUGUUUGAUUGCACACAUCUUGAUCUCAGCCACAACAACAUUUCACAGAUUGUUUCAAAUGCAUUUUUUGGCAUGAACGCAUUGCAGUAUCUCGAUUUGAGCUAUAAUGCUCUGAAUGUCGGUGGACUGUUUGAAUACAACAGUACAGUGUUUUUACCCAUAAGGAAUUCGCUCUCCAAUCUAGUGCUAUCUGGAAAUAAUUUAGAUUCCAUCCAUCCAGGGACUUUUCAAGUGUUAUACAAUCUCAAGAACUUAGACCUUGCUGAUAACAACAUAGAAGUUUUGGGUCAAGGGCUCUUUAAGGAUCUGUCAAAUCUGGAGGUUCUAGAACUCCAGUAUAAUUUGAUUCGCACUGUUAACAAGACAACGUUUGCUGGUCUACACAGCCUUCAAGAACUAAACAUGGCUGAGAAUCAAUUUUCAUGUACUUGUGAAUUAGAAUGGUUUCUCUACUGGCUUGAGGAGACAAAUGUGACAGUUGUCAAUGCCAGUGAAUACGUGUGUAUGUACCCAUAUGACCUACAAGGUGACCUCAUAACAACUUUUGACCCGGAAAUCAGUUGCAAUAAAGGUGCAGCUCAGAUUAUCAGCCUGUGCCUGGUUAUUCUCACUGUGUUUUGUGUUGUUGUUAUUAUUGCAUGCCGUGCUAAGAAAGCAUGUGAGAUGCCGAAAGGAACCCGACUCAAUCGGUAUUCAUCAGUACCAUACAAGACACCUCCGUCACCCCUGCCACAUGAUAGUAUACAGCCUCUGAAUAGCUAUAUCAGUGAUGAAAAGAAAGACGCUGUAAUUCCCAUGGAGCCAGUCCCAAAAAGGAAAAAAUAUUCCGGAAAUGAAAAAGGAAACGAGGAAACGAAUGGUCUUUUACAAAACAAUUUAGAAUCUGACAGCGAAGAUGAGAUUAAGUUAGAUAAUGCCCUACAAAAUAAGCAUCCACAACACGAUCAGAAGUCAGGAUCAGAUGCUAGUGCCACUGAUGUUAAUAAAAACAAGGAAAAGUCAGAAGAAACAAUUGGCAGCGACAGCGAUAGUAGUGUAUCAUCAUCAGCAAGCUCAAAGAGAAACAGUGAGUCUGCAGACAACAACGAUGCCGAUAAUGAUGAAAAGAUGAUAGUGAGUGAGUCGGAGCAUGAGGAUAAUCAUUAUUUAUCAACAGACAGUCUUGAUCAGUACAAAGGAAAUGAGGAGGAACAAAAAGAUGAAGAGGAAUCAGUAUUUACUGAGGAAUCUGAACUAAUGCGUGAUGACUCAGAAAAUCCUAACCAGACUCCAAUCGAUCCCCAGAUUGAGCGUUACUUGACGUUCAAGUUUCGUCUUCCCGAAAGCGAAACUUACAAUUUUCUUGUUUUAACGAUAUUUUAUUUGCUGUUGACUGUUGUAUGUCUUUUAGCACUUAUUCUAGUAUUCAUGUUACUCAGA